AUGCGCGCGUCCAGCUUGGCCCUUGCGACCUCCGUCAUCUCAAUGCUGCAGCAAGAGCCAGGAUCCUUCGGGUCCUUCUUUGACUUGACGGAUCUCAUUGACCCUCCGCUAGGAGACCUCCAAUAUGUGGACCAGGAUUAUCCUACAAGGAUGGUUCAACAGCGAGAGACACAGAACCUCAUCCGCGGCAUUGACAUGGAGAGAAUAGCCAACAAUAUGGAGGCCUUGGUCACUUUUCAGAACCGACAUUACCAAUCGAAGCAUGGUGUCGCUGCCUCUGACUGGAUCUACCAGGAGAUGAAGAGGUUGCCCGGCGUGACGAAAUUGGGUCGCUUUAGGCACAGCUGGCCACAGAACAGCAUCGAAAUGCAGGUCUCAGAAGGGAGGAGCAAGAAAAGAAAAACUGUAAUUGUUGGAGCUCAUCUCGAUGUAAGUAACCAAUUUGUCGUAGAGAGCGAGCGGGAUACAGCAAGAGCUCCCGGUGCAAGCGUCGUUGUUCUUCUCGAGGCCCUGAAUCUCCUUCUACGUCACCACAAACUUUCGGACUUCAAGAAUCGUGUAGUUUUCCAAUUCUACGCUGCUGGAGACGCCGGACUGAAGGGCAGCCUCGACAUUUUCCAGCAAUACAAGAACCAGAACAUAUCGGUUGCAGCCAUGUUGAACCAAGACAUGGCGGGAUCUUUCCUGUCGGAACAGGCUCCAACGGACUAUUUCAACAUCGUCAGCACUGGCACCUACGAGCCUCUAAAUGGCUUUCUUAAGCGAGUGAUUCGCGAGUACUGCUCUAUCUCCUGGGUUGAGAUCGAGGGUGGCUUUGCAAGCUCUGAUCAUGCUGCCGCAACAAAGUAUGGAUAUCCCGCUGCUCAUGUCUCUGACAGUGCCUUUGCACAGAACCCAUGGAAGGGCUCUGAGUUGGAUACUCUGGAUAAGAUUCGUAUUGGCCACCUCGUUGAACACGUCAAGCUAGUCCUCGGAUAUGUGCUCGAGCUUGGGUUCGCGGACCUCUAA